CAGAUAGAUAGAUUAAAGAAAGAAAAUAUGAUGGGAAAGUUGCUAUUGAUGGUUUCAAUAGUUUUGAUGCAAGCAUAUGGAUUCAAAGGUUUUUUGGAGAAAGAGAGGAUUGGUCUAUUAGAAUUGAAGUCUUUUAUAAAGUCAGUUAACAAUUAUGAAACAGAAGAAAUUCUUGUUUCAUGGGUUGAUGAUAAAACAUCUAAUUACUGUGAAUGGGAGCGAGUUCAAUGCAACACCACUACUGAACAUGUCAUCAAACUGUCCCUCAAUUACAUUAGGCAAUUCAAGGUAAAUAUAAUUUCAACUCCAAGUAGGCUUCCAACUCUAAAUUUGUCUUUGUUCCAUCCUUUCGAGGAGCUGAGAAGUCUGGAUUUAUCUGGGAAUUACUUUGGAGGUUGGCAUGAGAAUAAAGCAAAUGAUGGAUUCAGGAGUUUGAAACAACUUAAGAUCUUAGAUCUUAGUUGGAAUUGCUUCAACGCCACCUUUUUAUCAUACUUGAAUACCUUAACUUCACUUACCACUUUGACUCUUGAGGUCAAUAAUUUGGGAGAAAGUCUUAAAUCGGUGAAACAAGGUAUACAAUAUUCAAUUAAUUAAUCUUAAUUUAUUUUUAUUUCUUAUUUCAAAAAACUAACUCUUUUUUCUUGGUGCAGGUAUAGAAUUCAUCUUACAAAUUUGGAAAUGUUGAAUCUAAGUUAUAAUUAUAAUAUUAAUAUAAUUUAUAACAAUAAUCAUCUCUUCUUAAUUUGUUGAUACUAAAAUUCGGAGGGAUUAUUUGUUGUUGUUUUUGUUGUCACUUUUUUUUUUAACUUAAUAGUAUUUAGUUACACAAAACAUUUAGUAAUUAUUUUUAAACAAAUAAUGUGUUUGUAUUUUUAAACUAAUACUGUUUGAAUAAUUUUUAGUAUUUUUAUUUAUUAUUAUAACCUUCUAUUUAUAAUAAUUAAUUAUAUUUCUCAAUGGCAAGUUGUAUAGUUUUUUAUGCAUAAAGGUAAUAAAAAUUAAUAUCAAAUACUUGCGGCUCUCCAAGCUUUCUUUAUUAGAUCCUAGCCCAAAACACAUUUGUAAUUAAGUCAAAUUGUAGGAAUAAACAGAGUAUCUAAAUACAAGCAUUUUCAUAUGAAUUUUAUAACCAAAUCUUGACUUUUUCUUUUUUUGGUAUUAAACCACUUAAUUCUCCUUUUAAUAUUUUAAUUUAAAUUUAUCACAUAAUGUAGGGUAUUUUAGGUCAUUAAAUUUUGUAUUUAUGAAAAGCUUUCAAAUUUUAGAAUUAAGUUAGAAAAUUUUAUUUUUUUCUACUCAAUGAAAAUUCUAAAAAUAAAUGAUU